AUGGAUGAUGGGGCGGGAGAGAAGGAUGGGGAGGAAGAGGAGGAGGAAGAGGAGGAAAAGGAGGAGGAGGAAGAGGAAUUGAAGAAGACUCAAGCUGCACAAGCGAGAGAAAAACAAAUGGCGAGCAAGCAAGCAAAAACUCGUGAUACCGAUCCGGACAAGGAUGGGGGCGCGAACGAAUACGAGGGGCUGAAUGGUGCUCAUCAAGGUUGGCUCUGGUUUGCCCCGCGCCAAAGCCGACACUAA